AUGUCGAACCAACCUGCUGAGAGCCCCACAGGGCCUGCGAACCUACCGAGUGACGAAUCAGGGAGCAGCAACGGCGGCAGCAGCAACACUUCUGUACAGACAGCGAAACCCGAAAUCACGCAGCCCCCUGCCACCACCUUCCCUCCACCCAAGACCGACAAGCCACGGCCGCACGUCUGUGCCACCUGCACCCGCUCGUUCGCACGACUGGAGCACCUCAAGCGCCACGAGCGAUCUCACACUAAGGAGAAGCCCUUUGAAUGCCCACAAUGCACACGAUGUUUUGCGCGGCGCGACUUGCUGCUACGUCAUCAGCAGAAGCUGCACCAGCAGGGUGCGACCUCCUCGAGACCUCGCAACGCACGACGAGAGAGCACAACUGGCCUGCCUCCCACAAACGGCACAAACCGCGUGCGCAAGAACUCAAUAUCAAGCAAUGCCAACAACAUCAUUCCUGGCACUGGAAGCAUGCGACCGCGCGCGAACACUAUCGGCGCCAUCGACGCCAACUUCCUCGCACUCCACAAUGCCUCAAUAUCGACAGGGAACGGAGUCCAUCCCGGCCACUCACGCCACGCAAGCAUCUCUGGAUUCGGCGGCCCUAGUCAGUUUGAUUACAGAGGCAUGUCCACGGCGAUUGGCAACCACGGCCAUGGACUGCCACGACUAGAGACACACAUGGGUUUUGGAGGCAUGGGUGGAGGUGGACUACGAACCGCGCCCGUACAAGGAGCACAAGGGCCUGAUGACGUUGAACUUGAGAAGUUCUUUGGCCACUCGUCUGGUUCCACUAUCAACCCGAACCAGCUGCACCAUUUCAAUGCCAAUCUGGCUCACCCACAAUCGCCCUUCAGGCAAUUUGCUAAUCCCUUUGCUGGCAACAACCCGAUUGAAGAGGACGACUUCGCGUGGAGUGCGGGUAUGGACAGCGCGAUGAUCUUCUCGAACGAAAACGCCAUCGAAGGGUCUUCUCCGUCAGCUAUUAGCACUGCUAGCCAAGGUGCUUUCAACGAAGUCAUGCUAGAUGGGUCAGGACAACCGACAUCUGGCGCUAUGUGGCACCAGCCAAUGCCAACACACUCUCAUGUCAAUCACAUGGCGUACACAGAAGCCAUGGCACCUGUGUUCCCAGAGUUGAUGAUCAACACCAUGCCAACACAGGAGCUCGCAGAUCCAGCUAUGCAGAACGACUUCUACAUGACCUCGCCGCCCCCACUUUCAGCAAUGAGUCCUUCAGCAGGAAUUCCUGGUAUGCCCAACCAGUACUUCCAGGCACCCAUGACCUUUCAAUCUGAUGCCGGCAGUAUAUCCUCGGCGUCUAUGAAUGGCAGUGCGCGACACAGCUCUGUAACCUCGAUCUCAACUGAAACUAUUACUGAGGCUACACGACAGGCUCUCAUCGUCAAUCUUCAACAGGCCCUUGCGGUGGGUAAUCCGCAGCGCCGGUUCUCACAGCCACAGAUCAGCUCGCCUCUCUCAGCGCAAGGGCAGUCUGCGACGCUACCCAGCACCGUGGACAUCCAGCGCUACGUGAACGCCUACAUACUGUACUUCCACCCUCACAUGCCGUUCUUGCAUAUUUCAACUUUGUCUUUCGAUACUCCAGCCUACACUUAUCAACUUCGCACCUCACAAAACUAUAGCCAUGAUGGUAUGGUAGGCGGCGGAGGAUGUCUCAUUCUUGCUAUGGCCGCUAUUGGCGCUCUGUACGAGUUUGAGCAAGUCGUGGCGAAGGACCUGUUUGAGGCUGCCAAGAAGCUGAUCCUGUACUACCUGGACGAGCGUCGACGUGCCGGGCUCACAGCUGCCGUUAAUGGGCCUAGUGCGGCGAAUGAGUCCAUCAACAAGCCUCCCCUAUGGCUAGUACAAGCUAUGCUGCUCAAUCUGAUUUUUGGUCACAAUUGCGGGGACCGUCAAGCUGCUGAGGUCGCAAGCACUCACUGCGCGGCCUUGGUCAGUCUUGCCAAAGCCGCAGGGUUGGACAAGCCCGCAGAGCCAGAGACAAUUACGCAAAGCCCACCAUCCCAAUCCAGUUACGACGACACAAAAAUGGCGGACGACGCAAACGGGCAAGCAGAUUCACCCGCAGACAUGCAUAACGAGUACACGCAGUGGAUCCAAUGGAAAAAGGCUGAAGAAAGGAAAAGAACAUACUAUGCCGUGUUCUCUAUGUCAAGUCUACUUGUCUCGGCAUACGCCCACGCCCCAAGAAUACUGAACUCUGAGAUUCGUCUCGAUCUCCCCUGCGAAGAAGACAUCUGGUCUGCCGAGAAUGCUCAGACCUGGAUGGCAAUGGGUGGCUCAAUGGUCGCGCAAUCCAGGAAUCUAUCCUUCAACGCCGCCAUGACUUACCUGCUCGAAGCAAGCACGCGUCACGGUGCUACCCAUGGACACAACUAUGGACAGUCGUUUGGAAGUAGCUCCUUGCCUGACUAUAUGGACAGCGACAUGCACAGCGAUAUCCAACCUAGCACUUUCGGUUGCUACAUCUUGAUCAACGCGUUGCACGUUUACAUAUGGGAGACUCGACAAAGACAUACCGGCCGCCUUUGGAAGACACAGGAGACUGAAGCUAUGCACGCUCAGGUCGAGCCUGCACUGAAAGCAUGGCAGGCCGCUUGGAAAGCCAACCCUAACCAUAGCAUUGAGAGGCCUAGUCCAUUCGGUCCAUUGUCCGCAGAUUGCAUACCUUUGCUGGAUCUGGCCUACGUCCGACUGUUCGUGAAUCUCUCCCGAGCGAAGGAACUGCUGUGGCAGAGAGAUUUCGAAGGCAUGGCUAACGAACUCGCCAAAGGCGUCGAUAUCGUCGCGCAAGCUGACGGAACGCCCGAACGUUCUGAUUCCGGAAAGGGUGCAUCGCCUGGUCAACUCGCUCAACAGUUGGACGGAGUUGUGUUCAACGGUUCUUCAGGCAUUCAACCCUCUUCCAAACGGGAGAGGCACUUGCGAAAAGCAGCCUUCUACGCCGCUGACUCUCUGUCAAUGGCCGACAAACUAGGCGCUACAUACGCUGAGUUUACCGCUAGGGAGCUACCCAACUCAUCUGCCCUCUGCACCUUUGACUGUGCACAAGUCCUUGCUGAGUGGGUAGCUACUGUUCAGGACCGCGUUGGUCGUUACCUCGGUGUCCUUGGAAGAGAUGAUAUCGAGUUUAGCACGGUUCCCGCCAUCAUGUGUCUUGAAGAGGAGGAUGUCAAGCUGCUCCAGAAGAUCUCGACCAUACUGCACAAUGCUGACAUGAAGAUGGCAUACGAUCUUUCUUGCAACAGUGUCAUCAACUCGGUUCCUGGUUUGUCGGGCAUGAGCCGCUGUGGCUUCGGCACAAAGCUUCUGAUGGUUACUUCAUACAUGCUGUCAAAAGCUGCCGUUUGGCCUGCAGUGACACAAGUCCAAGCACGAGCCCUCGAGGCACACGCUCACUGCAUCAAUCAGCGAGCGGAAAACUCCGUCCUAGGUCACACUUCGUGA